AUGUCAGAUUCACUAUGGAUUCCAGAUUCAUCACCCUUGAUUUUCUACUCACCUGCAGAAGUAUACUUUUCGGGUCAAAACCUAGCUUCGUGGGUGGGUAAUAAUGGCUCACAAGGUAAUGUCACCGGAAACGUCAAUGGCAGUGGAGAGACCAAUACUUUUCAUUCUAGUGUGGGUCAUUCGGCCAUUGUGUUACCUUCAAUCUAUGCAAAAUCAUUCACACCUCUCUUUUCCUCGCCGGAAGGAUACGAUGUAACGAUUCAAACUAAUUCCGAUGCUCCCUAUCCUCUUUCAUCUGGACAGAAAUGGGUUGCUCCAAACGACGAUUUCAAUCCACAGACAUUCACGUUGAAUUUCCAAUGUGGUAAACAAGGGGGUUGUGCAGAAGCAAACGUGGAAGGUCAAAUUGACUUUUUAGGUACUUGGAUCGAAACCGAAUUUUCACCUGAUGGAUCACAGAUGGAAUCUGUCGAUUUGGAUGAUGCUUCACCUCUCAUUCAGUAUGAGGGAUUCGCACCUGUGGAUCAGAAUAACAAGAUUGUCGAAGUAGAUGGUCAACUCGAUUAUGAGAAGACACUCAGUAUGACUUCUACGCAAGGUGCAACUGCUCAAGUAACCUUUAACGGCGCUUCUAUUUUGUUGUACGGAGUCACCUGUCCUUCCUGUGGAGUAUUUACUAUCACCUUAGAUGGUUCGUCUUCUCCUUCCGCAACUCUCAAUUCAUUCAACAACGUCACGACGCACAAUACUUUACUGUUCUUCGCCACAAACUUGAAUACAGCUUCAAGUCAUACGAUCGAGAUCGAAGCUAAGGGAGGUGUGGUAUUGGAUAAAAUCGAAGUGAGGGGUCCGAAAGGUGCUGUUGGAUUUUCUGGAAACGCAAAUGGUUCCCCAACGUCAAUGGGACCCUCGUCCUCAAUCACUCCGACUAACACCAGUAACAACGGCACCAGCGGCAGCAGCCCUAAUGCAAGUGGCGUUCCAGCUUCCCCUGGCGGUUCACCCAAUGUUGGAGUUAUCAUAGGUGCUAUAUUGGGAUCAAUAGCAGGUGUCGGAUUCCUCUGGUUCUUAUGCCGCAAAGUAGCUCCGAGAAUGAAGAAACCAGCUGAUAAGAAAUUGAAUCCAUGGGACGAAGCUAAUUUACUCCAAAAUAUGAAGAAUGAAGAAGUUCACGUCACGACAGCUGCCAAUCAAAGAUAUGUUUAUCCUGGAUUGAUAGCCCAUUCAGAUUUGAAGAAAAAGUAA